AUGAGUAUGCACAACAAUAUGACUACUCAGAUAGUUUCAAGAUUAACCCCACUGGACGCUAAUGAAGAUAGAAAACUGUUCCUUAACAUCAAGAUGCGAUUUGCUAGAAAAUGUUAUGAAUAUUAUAAAAUGUACAUUGAGAUUAAUAAAUCAGACUAUCUACCAUCAUUGAUGGUGCAGAAAUCACUUGUUAACUUUUAUAUUGGACUUUGCCUCGCCUUAUUGUCAACCUUAUUUAUUGGAACUAGUUUUAUAUUUAAAAAGCUUGCACUUCGUCGAAGUUCCAGGAAUGGAUUAAGUGCUGGUGAUGGAUCUCUUAGUUAUUUAUGUGAAUGGAUGUGGUGGAUGGGUUUCAUUUUGAUGGGUAUUGGUGAAUUUGCCAAUUUUGUAGCGUAUACAUUCGCUCCAGCUAUACUAGUGACACCGUUAGGUGCACUAUCUGUACUUGUUAGUGCACUGUUAAGUGUACGCUUUUUAAAUGAACAUUUAAAUUGUAUCGGUGGAUUUGGAUGCUGUGUAUGCAUAUUAGGCUCAACUUUAAUUGUGUUACAUGCACCAAAAGAACAAAAUUUAACAUCAUUACAUGAAAUGUGGUCAAGAGCUACCGAUCCAUCUUUCAUUAUCUACAGUUUAUUCGUUAUAUUAUUGUCCAUUGUAUUGAUUUUUAUUUUGGGUCCACGUUAUGGUAAAACAAACCCAAUUAUCUUCACAUUGGUCAGUGGAAGUAUUGGCUCAUUGUCAGUUGUUACUUGUAAAGGUAUCGGUGUAGGAUUAAAAAAUGCAUUCACUAUUGGCUUUUUACCGAUGCUCACAUCAUGGUUUUUUUGGUUCCUGAUCAUCUGGCUUAUUGGUGCAAUCACAAUACAAAUGUAUUAUUUAAAUCGAGCACUGGAUUUAUUCAGUACUGGCAUAGUUACACCGUUACUAUAUGUUUUCUUUACUGGUUUUGUAAUUAUUGCAUCAACAGUUUUAUUUCAUGAAUUGAAUGCAUUAGAUUAUAUGGAUUAUGUUGGUUUAAUAUUCGGUUUGAUAUUCACAGUGUUAGGUAUUGUUAUGAUUACUGUGCUAAAGGAUUCCAAUUUCUCAUGGAAGAGCUUACGAACAUUGUCUCAGGCAAAGCAUUCAAUCUACUCGUCGUCAAACAGUUCAUUUGAUAUGCACAACAAACUUUAUCGUCGUAUUAUUUCAUUCAAACCAACAUUGAAUGGCUCAAAAACUCAACAUAGUAGACAUUUAUCAUUUGAUCAAAUGAGUACCGAAAAGUUGAUCUCUGAUCAUCAUUCUGAUUCUGAACUCACUGAUGUUGUGCAGCUAUUACCACAUAUAACUAGUCGUAAUAGUAAUAAAAAUGAUCAUCCGAUGUCAGGCAAGGCAAGAAUGACAAGAAUUCAAUCAUUUGCUAAUUCUCCACAAUCUUAUACUGCAACAAAUGGAAUAGUAUCUGUUUCUAGUUAA